AGUUACUGUUAGCUUAGUAAUGACACCAAUGGUGCGCGGAGCGGGUUUUUUCUCGACAUCUUAGCAACUUGCAAAUUACCAUUCGUAUUUUCCUGUUACCUUAUAUUAAAGUAGUAACUUAUUUUAUACAAUUAUAAUGGUGUUUUCUGAAGAUGACAAUAGUUUUGAUUACACGAGUCGAUCUCGUGAAAGUAUAAAUAAAAAAUUUGAAGAUAAUCGACGUGUUAAAUUAAAUAAAACAAAAGUCAACCAUAACAAAGAAAAUGAAGAACAUGACACUGAAUCUUUACUUUUAGAAAAAGUUAAUCCAAGCAUAGUUCCUACAAAAAGAAAGCAAGGGGAGAAGGAUACAAACACAGACGUUCCAAGCAUAUCGUUUUUUACCUUAUACAGGUUCGCCAGCACCAAAGACAUAAUCUAUAUAGUAACCGCACUAUUGUGUUCAGUUGUAAGCGGGUGUAUGAUGCCAGUUACCAUGAUCUUAUUCUCAAAUAUCUCUCAAAGUAUGGUCGACUACGAAAUGUCAUUAAAAAAGGGAAUCCCAGAAGAUGACGUGUUUUUGGAUUCUCUGCGAUUUUUUGCAUUAUGGAAUUCCGCAGCGGGCUUAGUGUUCGUUGUGUUAUCGUAUAUCGCCACAGUAUUAAUGAACAUAGCAGCGUUUAAUCAGAUAUAUAAAAUAAGACAAGAAUAUUUAAAAGCAGCGCUUAAUCAAGACUUUGGGUAUGUUGAUACUCAUCAAAUGGGAGAUUUCGCUGCAAAAAUGAGCAGCGAUGUUAUAAAAUUAGAAGACGGUAUCGGAGAAAAAGUGGCAACCAGUAUUUUCUAUUUGACAUGCUCCGUUAGUUCCAUUAUCACUGCUCUGAUAUUGGGUUGGAAACUAGCCUUGUUGUGUUUGAUAUCUUUCCCUGUUACCUUUGGACUACUUGGAAUUUCAGGAUGGUUAUCAUCUAGACUGUCUAAAAAAGAAACUGUAGCAUCGGGUAAAGCAGGCGCUAUAGCCGAAGAAGUUUUAUCGUCGAUCCGUACAGUGUACGCUUUCAGCGGGCAACAAAAAGAAAUGGAAAGAUACGAAAGUCACUUGAAAGAUGUCAGAAAAAUUAAUAUUAAGAAAGGUUUUUAUAAUGGCUUAUCAAUGGGAAUACUAUUUUUCUGUAUAUUCGGUUCGUACGCUCUCUCCUUCUGGUUUGGAUACAAAUUAACUGUAGAUGAGCCGGAAAUCUAUAACGUGGCUACUAUGAUUGCUGUAUUCAUGAACAUCAUUAUGGCCUCAGAGAACUUUAGCAUAUUAUCAACUCUUGUGGAGGUGUUCGGUGUCGCGUGCGGUGCUGGUGCACAGAUUUUCAGUUUGAUCGACAACGUGCCGACUAUCGACCCGUUACUAAACAAGGGCGCGGUGCCCAAACAUAUCGAUGGGAAUAUUGAACUGAAAAAUGUCGUAUUCCACUAUCCUUCAAAACCCGACGUGCCAGUACUGAAAGGUGUGAGCCUGAGUGUGAAACGCGGUCAGUCGGUGGCGCUAGUGGGACACUCUGGAUGCGGCAAGUCAACCAUCAUACAGCUGAUAUCGCGCUACUACGACGUUAUAGACGGAAGCGUAUGUGUGGACGAUGUUGACGUCCGCGAGUUGUCAGUACGAUGGCUGCGCGAUCAGAUCGGCCUGGUGGGGCAGGAGCCUGUGCUGUUCAACACGACCGUCAGGGAGAACAUCCGCUACGGACGAGAGAACGCUACCGAUUCUGAGAUUGAAACUUGUGCUAAACAGGCCAACGCACAUGAAUUCAUCAAAAAAUUACCUGCGGGGUACGAUACAUUAGUGGGCGAACGUGGAGCAUCUCUAUCAGGGGGACAGAAGCAACGUAUUGCGAUAGCCCGAGCUCUCAUACGUAAUCCACACAUUCUUCUCCUUGAUGAAGCUACCAGUGCACUUGAUACAUCGUCUGAAGCUAAAGUCCAAAAAGCUCUAGAUAAGGCACAAGAAGGUCGUACUACAAUUAUAGUAGCACACAGACUAUCAACUAUAAGGAAUGUAGAUGUGAUUUAUGUAUUUAAAAAUGGAGAAAUAAUCGAAUAUGGACCUCAUAAUGAAUUAAUGAAAAAGAAAGGACAUUAUUAUGAUAUGGUGAUGAUACAAGCACCUCCUGCAGCAGAUGAAAAUAAGGAUAAACCACAAUUGAACCGUAAACAGUCAACAGAAAUAAAUGAACAAGAUGAAGAUGAAAUCGUAAUAACUAAAACUACAGAAAAGAACGAUUUUGAAGAACUAGAAAAGGAAGUGUCAUUUUGGGAAGUAGUCAGGCUUAAUUCUCCUGAAUGGAAAUCUAUUACUGUUGCUAGUGCCUGUUCACUUGUAAGCGGGUUCGCUAUGCCAGUGUUAGCAGUUGUUCUUGGCGACUUUGUAGGGGUUUUUUCCAAUCCUAACACCGAUGAAGUGUCAUCCGAAAUACAAAGAUUUAUAAUCAUAUUUAUUGUUGCCGGAAUGUUCUCAGGGAUCGGCAAUUUCAUUACGGUUUAUUUUUAUGGUAUAGCUGGUGAGUGCUUAACAGAGAGGUUACGCAAAUUAAUGUUCGAAAAACUUCUGCAACAAGAAGUAGCAUACUAUGAUGACAAGAAUAAUUCCACAGGUGCACUUUGUGCACGAUUAGCUGGCGAAGCUGCCUCAGUUCAAGCCGCAACUGGUCAAAGAAUUGGUACUGUUUUGCAAGCGGCAGGAACAUUUAUUCUUGCUCUUGUUCUUUCGCUUUAUUAUGAAUGGCGUGUAGGAUUAGUAGCUUUCACUUCUGUACCACUUAUGGCUGCUAUCGUAUAUAAGGAAGGUAGAAUGGUGAGCGCUGAAUCCUUCGGAACCGCCAAGACCAUGGAAGCUAGCUCGAAGUUAGCUGUCGAAGCAGUGUCAAAUAUGCGCACAGUAGCAUCACUUGGAAAAGAAAAGAUGUUUCUAAAUAAAUACUCUGUGGAACUUCUGCCAGCCCUUCUAAUCGCUAAACGAUCUGCCCAUUGGCGUGGUAUAGUAUUCGGCUUAUCACGAGGUCUCUUCAAUUUUAUUUACGCCGCAGCUAUGUAUUACGGAGGAAUACUUAUUGUAAGCGAACAUAUUAAAUAUUCAAUAAUUCUGAAAUCAGUCGACUCACUUAUACUUGGUGCUGCUUCAGCAGCACAAGCUUUUGCCUUUGCCCCGAACUUCCAUAAAGGAAUAAAAGCUGCAGGACGUGUAAUAACAUUACUUAAAAUACAAUCUAAAAUUACUGAUCCUGUGACACCUAUGAAAGAAUUUAAAAAUACUGGAACAGCAGCCUUACAAGACGUAAGUUUCAAAUAUCCAACUCGACCAAAUAUACAAGUUCUUAAAAAUAUGAAUCUUCAAAUAGAGCAAGGACAAACUGUAGCGUUGGUAGGGGCAAGUGGAUGCGGCAAGAGUACAGUUAUACAGCUCCUCCAGAGGUACUACGAUCCAGAUGAUGGAAUUGUAACCCAAAGUGGUGUACCUAUACAAAAUCUCAGCUUGAUCGAUGCUAGACGAACGAUCGGUUUCGUGCAACAAGAGCCAAUACUCUUUGACCGAACGAUUGGAGAAAAUAUUGCUUAUGGGGACAACUCGCGCCAACCCAGUAUGGAUGAAAUCGUAGAAGCUGCAAAACAAGCAAACAUACACAACUUCAUUAAAUCACUGCCUUUAGGUUAUGACUCAAACAUCGGUACAAAAGGCGCUCAAUUAUCUGGAGGCCAGAAACAGCGAGUGGCUAUAGCAAGAGCAUUGAUCAGAAAUCCACAGAUACUGUUACUCGACGAAGCUACUAGUGCUCUUGACACAGAGAGUGAAAAGGUGGUGCAGGAUGCACUGUCCGCUGCGAGCGCGGGCCGCACAUGCGUGACGAUCGCGCACCGGCUGAGCACCGUGCGCGACGCGCACCGCAUCUGCGUGCUCGGCGACGGACGCGUACUCGAAGCCGGCACGCACGACCAUCUCAUGCGGCUCAAGGGGAUCUACUACAAUCUUAACAGAUCGGGCAAUAGUUAAUAUUAAAACAAUAUCAAUGAA